GCUCAACUACAAGUAAGUAAAUCAAUCCCAUGCGUAGUAACAAGCUCAGGUCCUCAACAGUCACCUGCUUCAUACAUUACAUAAAAAAACCAAUUCUUUCACAUUUCGAUUUCUCGUAUGACUGGGUAGCGUAUUGGUUUCUUACAUAAAGUUAGUUUCGUUGAACCACACCAGCACAAUAAAAAAGGGCUAAAGCCAUGAGCCGACAAGCGACGGUGCAGGCUUUGAAAAACAAGCUCACGGAGUUGUACAGGGAGCACAACCCGGAGAAAGUAAAAGACAUAGAAUACCUGCUGAAGAAGUACGAGAACAACGAGAAUCUCCUGUACAACUCAGUAUGCCAGAAAUACGAAAUCCCAGGUAUUUUUUCUGUCGUGGUGUAGACUGUGCUAUCUUUACCUUUGUCAUGUGCUUUUUGUGGGAUGUAGUUUUUUGGAAACAGAUUGUCCGUAACCGCACUGUUUUGUAUUGGCCGAAUAAAAUAAGAAUAACAAAAACCAUCACGCACAGCUGAUCCGCUGACGAGGAAAGUAAAGGAGUGGGACGCAGCAACGGGCAAGAACAACUGCCAGAUAAUAUGCAACACGACGGGCGAAGUUUUAGAGACAAUAGACGAGGUAAGCUUGUUCUUUUUUUUUUCGACCUCUGGAAGGCGUCCGAUUCGCUUGUGCGCUGCUCUGCGAGAGUUUCCAGCGCUUGUGGAAAACAAAAAAAAACAAAUCCAUCAACAACUACAUUUCAACAGGACGGCGACGCUGAGGAGGACGAGUAUGAUCCCUUCUCCGAGAAUCCGUCGCAAGACAAAGACAAAAUCACAGAGCAGGUGAUAAAAGACAUCGACUGCGCGCUCCUCGGGGAAAAAGAAUCGAACAUGUUCUCCAUUCCAAAAGACGACGCACCCAUGGAGGAGGAAACGAAGCUGAAGAAAGUAACCGCCGUGGAUUCCAUGGGAGAGCUCUAACAGAGAGGGUGCUUCAGCAGAACGUAUCCAUCACGCCAGCGACACCAGGAGCAUUGUCGAAAUCCCAGCGAUGCUCGGAAUGUACGUCCAAUGUGCUGCGGACGGCGCACUUUCUGUACGCAGCACCAGUACCUAGUAGCCCCUCCUUUCCAGCAUCCCUGGAGAGACCCACAGAUUUGACCGAGCGCAAGCGUUGGACGGCCAACUUCGAUAGCAGUAGUUCAGCCGCUCAUGAUCAGAAUCCUCGUCCCGGCGAAAAAAGUCCUCCUAGAUGGGUAAGUUGCGCACACAAGGUUCGUCGCGCGCUAAGUAACGGGAUGCCAGCUUGGCGGUUGUAGGGCAUCCAUGCUAGCGCAACGUACUUGGACAAGCAUGAUACGCAAGCGGAAACACGAAAGUUGCCUAUGCUCGCAAGGGAUGACGAGAUACAACGGAGCCAAUCAUGAGCAGCGGCGUGCGACUCCGACACGCGCGCGGUCCCCCUGCUAGUACUAAGUAGCACCAUCGCAAUAGAACAAACUGAAUCGGCUUUAAUAUUUGCCGCAGAGACUCCAUCUUGAUCGGAUUCGGAAUUGCUGUAGCAGAUGUCACCAGAGAGAUGUGUUCGCUUGGAGUUCUUGACCAGAUGCAGCUCUCACUAGACGUUAUUUCUUAGUGCGUUUCGUUUCGAGUUCGUCUUCGUGCGUGAGGACGAGGAGUGAAAAGAUUCUGACAUAAGACACUAAGAAAUUGCAAUUUUGUUCGGAGCAGCAUUUAUUAUUUUGAUUAUCGAAACUCAAACUACAAACCGCCGCCCUGGUUUUUUAAACAAGC